UACAUGACAGUAUUAGACGGAUCAAACUGGUCAGAGUGCCAGUGCGCCACUCUGUGGACAGGGUCGUAGGAGUGCACCCCAGUACAUGGCAAGCAAUUAAUGGUACCAGGCGAUUGUCGAGCCCGAGAGCAUCGCAAUCCAAUGACCAGUAUAGAUCGCUGCUGCGCUUACCGAGUGGAAGCACUCACCCAAGCUGAUGUGUUGGAGCAAUCGUUAAUCAUGGAAGAUGGGAAUGCUAGGGAACAUCACGCACCACUAUCAAGGACGAUUCCUCCUCAAUGCUUGUCGACGAGAAGUCUUGUACGCGGGACGAGCAUCGGGCCGCUCUGGCUCACGGCGACGUAUAAAGGGGCGAGGGGGUGCGCCGUCAUCCCUCAGCUCAUUCGUCUUCUUCGAGCUCAACGGCAAGGGUGCAGGCCGCCCUAGUUUUUCUUGUAACGACUCACGACCUUUCCGCCUUUACGCAACUGUACCUUCCUUCCUUCCCGACGACAGCAUGCGUUACUCCACCCUCGCGCAAGCCGCAAUCAUCGCAGUAGUUGCUGCGCCCGUGCUUGCCCUUCCAGUCGAGAUUCGCUCUUUCGAGCCCGAGAAUGCAGCUCUCAUCGAACGUGAACUCCUGAACGACGUCGUGGAGCGGGCUGACUACGACGACCUCAUCGCGCGGGACCACCAGAAGCACAUGCGCCCUAAACGACCGAGACCCACUCCCCCUCCACAGCCGACGGGCCCUGCACAGCGCCGCCGUGAGGACGGGGAACUCCUAUACGAGCGGGAGUACGACAACGACCUGGUCGCUCGGAGUCAUCAGGGACAGCCGCAGAAGCCUCCGGGCCAUCCUCACCCUCGCAUCGACCGCCCAAAUCUCAAAUUGAUCAUUCCACCGCACCCCCCGGCAGAGCCCAAGUCUCCCAAGAAUCCUACUCCAAAGGCGCCGACUACCCCUCACCUGCGCACUCGUGAGGACGACGAGUUCCUGUACGAGCGGGAGUUCGACGAGCUCGCCGAGCGCGAGUAUGUCGACGACCUCAUCGCGCGAGGCCAUCAGAUUCAGAAGCGGAUGGGCCCUAAACGGCCGAGACCCACUGCCACUCCAUCGCCCGGUCCUAAACGGCCGAAACCUAAUCCUCCUCCACACCGCCGCGAGGACGGGGAACUCCUGUACGGGCGGGAAUACGACAACGACCUGGUCGCUCGGAGUCAUCAGGGACAGCCGCAGGAGCCUUCGGACCCUACUCGCACUCGCAAGCCUUCCUUUGACCGCCCGAAGCCAAGGAUCAGAUUGAUUCCAUCGCAGGCCCCGGCGAGACCCAAGACUCCUCCUCCACAGGCGCCGACUACCAGUCACCCGCACACUCGUGAGGACGGCGAGUUCCUGUACGAGCGCGAGUACGACGACGAGCUGUUCGUUCGGGAGAUCGACGAGCUCAACUGAGCGACGACUUGGUCUCGAAUGGUGUGGUGUGGGAUUGUAACGUUGUGCUAGGAUAGGUAUGUAGUUACAAUUGCGUUUGCACACGAUCAGUACUGUGUAGCGAUGAUUCAAUGCCAGUUGUUGUUACGACCACGUUCCUGGGCUGGAGAUGGACGGACACAUCUCACUGCAAGAAUCAUCAUUUCGCCGGGCAAAAAAGGUCUAUGAGUCUCCCACG